AGGAGACAUUUGGAUUGGCUUGCACGGUAUUUGUAUAAACACUGAGUGGGAAACAACUCCAAGAAAAGAAAUGGAUCAAUGUGAUUAUUGAUGGGGAAAGGCAGUACGUUUAAAGUCCGGUUGGAUUUCACGUGGACCAAAGAGAAGGCUGCCCGGAUGCUAUUGAUCCCCAGCACUCAGCAGUACAAACGCCCUUGGGUGUGUUUUACUUCAAGCAAAUAGAAGUGGGCCCUGCUGAAAGUAGGGAUGCCUGGCUGGGGGUGGGGGGACCCGAGUGCUCCGCAUCCAGCUGAGAGUGAGAUGCCUGGAGAAAGCCCCCUUCCUGUCACAGCACCCACAGCAUUCUGAAUCUGCUCGCAGCCCAACGGCCUCGCCGAGGAUGCUCCAUUUAAAAGUGCAGUUUUUGGAUGAUUCCCAGAAGAUUUUUGUGGUUGAUCAAAAAUCAUCUGGAAAGGCGCUUUUUAACCUGAGCUGCAGCCAUCUCAAUCUUGCUGAAAAGGAAUAUUUUGGAUUAGAAUUCUGCAGCCAUUCUGGAAAUAACGUUUGGUUGGAACUUCUGAAGCCCAUAACAAAGCAAGUAAAAAUGGACCCUGGACAUCUUCGGGAAGAACUCACAAGGUAUCUUUUUACUCUUCAAAUAAAGAAGGAUUUGGCUCUGGGAAGGCUUCCGUGCAGUGACAACUGUACAGCUUUAAUGGUGUCGCACAUCUUACAAUCAGAAUUAGGAGACUUCCAUGAAGAAACGGUUAGGAAGCAUCUGGUACAAACCCAGUACUUACCAAGCCAAGCCUGUUUAGAGAGCAAGAUCCUCCACUUUCAUCAGCAGCACAUUGGCCGAAGCCCAGCUGAAUCAGACAUUCUGCUACUGGACAUAGCAAGGAAGCUGGAUAUGUAUGGCAUCAGGCCUCAGCCCGCCAGUGAUGGUGAAGGGAUGCAGAUUCACCUGGCGGUUGCCCACAUGGGAGUACUGGUGCUAAGGGGAAAUACAAAGAUUAAUACUUUCAACUGGGCUAAGAUUCGCAAACUAAGCUUUAAGAGAAAACAUUUUCUCAUCAAACUUCAUGCUAAUAUUUUGGUGUUAUGCAAGGACACUUUGGAGUUCACUAUGGCCAGCCGAGAUGCCUGUAAGGCUUUCUGGAAGAUUUGUGUGGAGUAUCAUGCUUUCUUCAGGCUUUCUGAAGAGCCCAAAUCAAAGCCCAGAACACUACUCUGCAGCAAGGGUUCCAGUUUCCGCUACAGUGGAAGAACUCAAAGGCAACUUUUGGAAUAUGGGAAAAAGGGGAGGUUAAAGAGCCUGCCAUUUGAAAGGAAACAGUAUCCAUCUCAGUAUCAUGAACGGCAGUGCAGGUCAUCACCAGACAUUCUCUCUGAUGUGUCCAAACAAGUGGAAGAUCUGAGACUUUCGUAUGGCAGCGGAUACUACCGAAAUGUGAAUGGAAUCCAUGUAUCUGAGCCUGUGUUAGACAGUAGGAGAAGGAACUCUGCGGUUGAGGUGACAUUUGCAGCAGAGCUGGAGCAUUCCAAACCAGAGGCAAAUCCCACAUCGCUCCACCCAUCCCAAAGCAGUUCCUCUUUCACCUUUAUUGCAGAUCCUGUCUUUAACACGGACCCUGAUCCCUUAGAUUUCUUUGAGGAGCGGAGUCCUCUAAGCUCUUUCCAAGCAAACUCUAAGUUGGUGGACAAUCAUGUAAGCACAUCUCCUGGUUUUACAAGCAAAGUGAGUCCAGCAAGGCAGCUAAUAUACACUGAUGUGCCCUACAUUCCUUGUACUAGUCAACAGGUUGAUAUUAUGCCUCCCCAAGUCUUUUUUUAUGUAGACAAGCCACCCCAGGUACCCAGGUGGUCUCCAGUCAUGGGAGAGGAAAGUAUGAGAUCAGACAGCUAUGUAGAUCCCAGUGAAAUAAAGCCAGCCAAAAGGAGCCCAAGGAAUAUGAGGAUAAAAAGCUUACAGCAAGACCUUCAAGAACUCCAAGAAGCUAUAGCUAGAACUAGUGGUAGGAGCAGUAUCAGUGGAGACCUAGAGGAGGAAGACCCACAUUUAGAGGAUGCAUUUGCUUAUAACCCCCAAGAGCUCACUCCUAAACGAUCUCAGAGCCAUUCAGACAUGAAAACUAUCCGUUUUCCUUUCGGGUCAGAAUUUAGACCUUUAGGGCCUUGUCCUGCUCUGACUCGUAAAACAGAUCUGUUUACAUGUACAUUUGGAGAGCAGGAGUUCUCAACAGUUUUAAUGGAUCAGAAUUCAGCAGAAAGGUAUGUAGCUGGUGAUUCCAGUGAUUCGGAAUCAGAGAUUCUUAAACCAGACUACUACUCUUUGUAUGGCAAAGGGACAAAGUCACCUAGAGCCCGCAUCCGCUUGUCUUCUGGUAGUCUACAGCUCGAUGAAGAGGAGGAAGACAUAUCCUUCACCACAGCAGGUGCUGAUGAUAGGACUUUGCUAAAGCCAUGCAAUUACUUCUUAGCUUAAAAGCAUGACCUCUGAAUGGUCCUGGUCCAGUUCCAUGUUACCACCGUAGGUUAGAUGUAAGAACCUUUAACUCACCUUUUCCUUCGUCAUCUUAAUUGACUGGAGUAGGAACAUUAUUGUAUGAUAUAUCAAGCCACUGUAACAUUCCACGAGCUCCAUUCUUUUAUUUCCUCUGAACAGACUCUGGAACAGGCCUUCUCCUCCCUAGCACUAUGGUGGUGUGAUAGAAGUGUGUGUCAUACCAUUCUACAUUUCCCUGAGCAAACAUUAUAAAUGAAGAGAAAUUCUUCAAUGCUGAAGAAUAACGAUGAUAUGUGUUGCUGAAUGGGACUGGCUUCUCAUACCACUUUGUGAUUUAGUAAUCAAUGACUAUGUUAGUUAUUUUUGUGCUUAGAUAACACUAAACAAUGGUUUCUCUCUUCAUGACUUGUUUGGGACCCAGUGACCAGUCUUGUUAUACACUAAGAAAUGUCCAUUUUUAUAACAUAUACAUAGGUGAGUAGAAUAAAUGCUCACAAUAGAAAAUGUUUAGAAUUAAUAGAGGAUCUAACAGAAUUCUCAAUGCAGGAAAUCAUGGAUUAGAUCUAUUUCUCAAGAUAGAUGUGCGCCUGAUGGGGAUAUUGUGGUAUUUGACUUUUAAUUUCUUUUUUCUUAAGUACUUAUUAUAUAAGGUGGGAUCAAUGUUAACAGGCAAAUUCGUUCAUUAAUUUCCCUACCAGAAUUUAUUUUUUCCAUAUCUUUGUAGCAUGCAUGUAGGCAAGGAAAUGAGAUGUUAUUGUAAUAAAGAUUAAUGGAAAAUCAACUCAAACAGAAGUUAUUAGUACGUACUUUUUAUUGUAAUAAAAUUCAGAAGUAGUUGGCUCUGGCCUAUAUCUAAGAGGACAGUUAGAGACUGGAAAAAAGACAUCAUUAAGGAAGAAAAAUGUCUGGUCAGCGAUGGAGAAGUGGAAAUGAUGGGUAGCUGAGAUGAAAAGUGACAGCCUAGACAGCAUAGACAGGCUCUAACAGUGAAUCAAAAUUCUAUGGUAUGGUUGUUUUGAUUUUCUCAAGGAGCUGAGGCUGGGCUCCAACUCAUGAUUUCCUUGCCUCAGGCUUCUUUGUGCUGGGUUGAUGUACCACAGUGUUAAGCUCAAUUUGAUUGCUUUGACAAAUGUUAUAUGUAUGAAUAUUUAACCGAAUGUAUGUAUAGAUGCCUUGUGUGUGGCAGCUGCCUGCAGAGGCUAGAAGAUUGGGUGGGAUCCCCUGUGAUGGAAAUUAGAGAGAGUUGUGAACUGCCAUGUUGGCACUGAGAACCUAACCUAGGUCCUCUGUUGACAUGGCCAGUGGUCAUAAGCAGUGAGUAAUUUCUCCAGCUCUCAAAAUUGUGUUCUUGACCCAUUCAAUAUUUGUUGAUCAAUACUCCAGGAAGGCUUUUGAAGAACUCUGUUGGUUAUCUUAAGUCCAAUAAAUUUUCAAGACCAUGCUAAGUAUAAACAUCAAAGAAAUGAAUUGAUUAUAUAAAGAAGCCAUUUUAUAUGUGAUUUGUUAAGAAAAUGUAUAUAAUACAUUUUUAUUCUCUAUAUAAGUUAAAAAAAAACUUUUAAUGUACUUCAUUCCACUCUUUUUUUUUCUAUUCCUGAACACAAAUUCACUAAGUCACAGGUAUAGUUAUUUAAAACUAAGAAUAUACUGAAGCUUGACUACUAAUACACAAUUUCUAUAGAUUCUUAUUUAUUGAAAAAAAAAUACCUGUAAUCUUUUCCCUAGGAGAAACUCAAAAUCUUAUUUAUUUGUUAUAUGCUACAUCUCAUCUCAUCUUCAUUUCUGAAAACUUUUGCUAAUUGUGUAUUUUCCUUGAAAACUAUACAGUUCAAAUCUGUGUGUGAUCAUUUAUUAGAAUAGUAAUAAGGAAAAUAGUUGAAUUGGCUACCUGCAGACAGUUUUAAAAGAACUAUUAACAAUUUUCUUAAGGUAAGAGGAAGAAAUCAGGAUAUAUGUGUUCACCUAUAGAGUCAAUUCUUACUGUUAGUUUCGAUGCAAACCUUGAUUAUGUUCCAAUAAUAAAAGGGAAAAAAGGAAAUAAUUUAAACAAUUAGAAUAACGUAUCAGACCCACCCUCAAGAAAACAAUCAUAAGAUUUAAGUAUCUAUUUUUAAAAUCCCCCAAACACUCAGAAAUAAUCUACAGGACUAAAGCGAUAAUGAAUAAGCAAUACAAGUUGUACUUGGAAUGCAAUUGGGUUGUAAGGUUUUACAUAAUCCAGUUAAAAACCUGUUGAUUUAUUUCUACAAAAAUAUGAAUGUAAUCCAUGGUUCAAGUCACACAAUUAUUUGUAGAGCACUAUAGAGAACAAAAUGUAAUUGAGUUUCAACUACAAAGCAGAUGAAAAAUCUAAAUAAAUCAUUAAUUCAAAAUACAAUCAACUGAAAGCAAGUAUAGGCACCAAUGAAAAGAAUUUUCUUGGCAUAUGACAUUUCACAGUCUCUUUUAAAAGAAUGAAUGUAAUGGUCAUUUUAACUAAAAUUGUAUUGUUUACUUGUACCUCUUUCUUUUAAUGCUUGCCAGUUAUUCAGAUAUUUUUAAAAAUGUUUUGUACAAAAAUAAAAUGUGCAGAUAAAACAUUAAAAUCUUAACUGUUGAAAUUAAUCAGUAACAACAACUCUAAAACUACAAAACUAUAGCAUCAGUUAAACACUUAGGCAAGCAUAGUAUAUAUGCCGAGCUAAGAAAAGGGAUAUUACCCACUUAACAGCACCAUAAAUAGAACUGAAAAUUAUCGGUACAGUCUACCUUAAUUUUGUCUGAGGAGAAAUGAUCCUGCCAUGUGGUAUUUUCAUAUAAGCUGGACAAUGUUAAUUUAAAUAUCCUUUCAAAACACUAGGCUUAUGUAUGGAUAAGUAUAAAGAAAAAUGUAUAGUAUCUAUGAAAAUGCAUUGCCACGACAAAAGAUGUUGGGUGUGAAGUUAUAUUCAUAACUAUUAAUCACAAGGCAAAAGGUUGUUAAAAGUUUUCUAAAUCCAAGCAUGUAAUAUGUAAUUUGAGCUGAAGAUUUAAAGAUUAAAGUCAAACUAACUACUCUAUUCUAACCAAACUUCCAUCAUUGUCUAAAGGAGAUUACUUUAAAUGUCUAACCAUGUUAAAUGGGGUUCAUUGCUUCUUCCAUCCAAAAGAGAAGAUAAAUCCACAAAGAUGUUGCCUGCUACGUAUUGCCUAGAAAUGCUUCAAAGACAAGGUUCUCUAAUGUGAUGAACAUAGAGCUGCCUGCAAUUCAGAACAAACUGCUAGGAAAGUCAAUACCUUCUUAGGUGUUUUUCCCAAAAGCUUUUAAGAAAGUAUUACUUAUUUCUUUUAAGAAGGUAUUACUUAUUUCUACCUCACUACAAAUAGUUACUUUUUAGAUUAUAAUUGUGUAAAAAAGAAGAAUGCUUUUUGAGGCUUGAUGAUUUACAAACAAUCAAUAAUUAGGAUGACUUUGAAAGACCUGUAGGUGUAUGAGUGUACAAUUAACUAAAAGUUCCAAACCAAACAGUAUUCUUUUCAAUAACAAAAAAAUAAUGGUACUUAAAAAAAACUGUAGCUCAACAUUUAUUAUAAUACAAGCAAAACUAUAGUAUUAAAAUUAUUCCUUAUAAAAUAAUCUCUUCAAAAUACAAAAUGAUCGCUACCAUCACAAAAUAGUUGAAUAGCUUCUUCGAAAUCUCCAAUGUUAUGAAGAUCCAAAAGGCACAGGGAACUCAAGAGUUAAAUAUUAUUAAGGUUGACAUAGCUUUGGUGGGUUUCUCUGGGUCCAUAUGAAACAGAAGCUGACAAUAACGACAACAAAUAUCUUAGGAGGAUCCAUUUGCAGAACACCUAUAAAAUUAAGAAAAGUAUAAAUCAAUGUAUAAUUAUACAAGUCAUCUAUCUCUCACUCAUGGACUCUACAAUGAAUGAAGGAGACAAAUUAUUUCCAUUGAAUCUUGCUUAGAUGGUUGUUAAAAGAUGCAAAAGAAAGGUCAAAAAUUCAUCUGCAUCUGAUUUCACAACUUGCAAUGGAUUUGUUUGUAAAUAGGAAAAGAGAAGGGAAAUUUCCAUUAAAACCAGGUGGUUUUAAAAAUGGUUUAGCUCCAGAGUCCCAAGUAGGCUCUGUUGGAUGGAAAGAUAAUUAAGAGGGAUUUUAUAGGCCACAUAUUUGGUUUCACGUUGAGCUCAGUUGGCCAAGAAAAUCUAAACAUGGGACAAGAAGAGAUAUAAUGGGUUUAAAGUUAAAAUCUAUACAAUCUGUUUGAACUCACUUAAGCUAAUGAAUAUGUAUACAUACUUACAAAUAUCUUGUUUUAAAAAAUUCAAAUCAAAAUUUGAUUUUUCUGAACAAAAAUAAAACUAAUGGGAAACAAGGGAAAAACUAAAUGCAAACAAAAGGAUCUAUUACUGUCUAGACCAUUUUCCCUAUAUCUUUUAAUCAACAUUUCAUAAGGGUUUGAAUGUAGAAAUUUUGUUACUGGAAAUGAUCAGAAUAGUGGUGUUUCUGUAAAUGCUAAAAGUACUGUCAAGAAUGGAAACAUGUAGUCUUACAUGUGCCUAUAUAAGAACACAUUCAAUGAUCCUUUGUCUCUUUUUCAUCCUAACAGAGAAAGACAAGGCAAAACACAGCCUGUUUGGCUCAGUAGAAAACUACCUUCCAUGUCUUAAUGUAAUUGUUCCAAAAGCUCAUGCUGGAUUCAAGAAGUGGCUCAGAGAGUAAUGUGCUCGAAGUGCAAGUGCAAGGGCGCCUGAAUUCAGAUACCUAACACCAAUGUUCUGGUCAAGCGUGACUGAGUCCACAAUACUUGUGCAUUGGAGGGUAGAGAAGAGUAUUUCAGGGGGAUCACUGGACAGCUUGACUAGCUGAAAGGGUAGGAUCCAGGUUCUUUUUUGAGAACCCGACUCAAAAAAGAAGGUAGAGAGUAAAAGGGGAACAAAGCUAAUGUUAAUGUCUUUCCUAUGCAGGCUCAUGUGCAAAAUAACUCACCCAUAUACCCAUGCGCAUACACAUAUAUACCAGACACACACACACACACACACACACACAUUUUCUCUGUUUCUCUGUCUCUGUCUCUGUCUCUCUCUCUCUCUCAAAGGUGAUGUUUUAGAUGAGCAAGAAAAAAAAUCCAUUUUUAAGCAUACUCAACUAUCAAAAAGUGAAAUUGCAGGAAAAUUAUAGUAAAUGACUAUAUCAAAGUAACUAUGUUACAUUAUAAAUUAAUAUCUAAAAUGUCAAUACAAUUUUUAAAAUGGCAGUUCAAACUUAUUUUUGAAAAUUUUCAAUUAAUUUCUUCACCAUUUUAUCUGCGAUGCCAGGACAGGCAGCUUCAACCACAGCAAUACUUUUCUCAAGUUCUUCUUCAAUUGUCUGGUUUCAGCUUGCAUUGUUCUUAUCCUGUUAUUUAAGCUGAAAAAGAAUGAUGGCUAUAACAUUUAAAAUACCCUGCCAUUUGAGAAAGAUAGUGGAUACUAAAUAAUCCACACCUACUUCAGCAAAUGCAGGUGUGAUUAUCAUAGACAAAGAGCUCAAGGUUUGCACAAGAUCUUGCUCCUUUGAAGAAAUAAUACAGAUUAGACACACAUAAUUAAAAUAAUCAUUCAUUGCUUUUCUUAGUUAUUUGAUAACAAAUGUGAAUCAAUUUGAAUUUCCCCUUAAAAAGACUGAAGAUAAGGUCAGUCCCUAUGUUUUUUCCUGUCACAAAUUCUCAUCUAUCAGUGGAAGUGUUGCAAUGGCUAGGAUUACAAUAGAUGUAUGAUUCCCUGGCUUUACAUCUCUCUAAAGGGAGGGAAUUUUAAAAAUAAUAGUGGCCAUUUAUGUAUAAAAUAGUGACUUUUAUGGCUUAACGAUGUCACAAUUAGUAAUAAUUGAUACACACUGUACAUAUAGUGAGGCAGACAGGUGGGCAGGAAAAUUAAAUUCUCAUAGUUUUGCAUGUUACAAUAGCAUCACACUAGUUUUGAAAAGGCUGUCAGGAAGCCAUGAUCAGAUAAGAAAAAAAAAUAUAUUAUAAUGACAUGUAUAUGAAGAUGAUAGGAUGAAAACUAUUACUUUGUAAAAUAAAUAAAUAAAUAAAUAAAG